AGCCAGAGACCUGACCUUCGCGCGAUUAAGGCAAGAUAUCAGCGCGACUCUCGACAUUCAAAAGUUUAUAAAUACCGAAGUACGAUGAUAUAGCUUCCGCAUCCGGUAAAAGAAGAGGUUAUUAUUGCUAAAUCGGUAAAUCCAAUCACUCAAGAGAUGGCUCACCAAGGAGAUGAUUCGGGAGCUGAUCGAAGCUUUGGCGGAGGAGGUGACUUGGGAGAUGCUCCUUCUCUGGAACACGGAACUGUGUCACCUCUGCUGCCUCCACAAUCAGGCAGUGAGACAGUAGGUGGAACUGAUCAGCCGCAGGGACGAAAAAGAAAAAAUAGGGAAAUUAGUAAAGCAGGUCAGCCUGCGGAGAAAGAAGGGAUGGGUAAAGAUGCAAAGUAUAGGGCAAAAAAGAAGGUAAACGUUUUUAUCAUUUCAUUUGCAGGAAUCGUCUUGAAUUUUUAUUACAUUAUGUACUUUCAGGUAGCACAACAGGAAUUGGAGAAGGAGAAGAAUGACUUGAAGGCCGAAAAUGAAGAAUUAAAACGUGAAAUUGGGCAAUUGAAGUGGGAUAGGGUUGGGCUUGAAAAGCAAGUAUUGGAACUUAAAGCUGAAGUUAAGGAGGCUGUUGCGGAUAAAGAAAGGGCUGUUGCGGAGAAAGAGAGGACUGAGAAGAGUUACUUUCAAAAAGAGCUGGAAAAAGCCAAUCAAAAGUUGGAAGAGAUGGCUAAAUAUGAUCCGUUUUCCGAUCUUGGAAUUUUUUCACAGAUGGACGGAUCUGUAAGUCUGCCCUUUUUGUUGAAAUUAUUGAAAACUUAUGGUUUCUUUCUUCUUUUGCAUCGCAAGAAGCCAAGUCCUCCAUGUACGUACUACUCUUCAUAAAUUGUCAGCUGACCAUUUUUUUUUUUUUCAAGCUAAGACAGGGAAUGUCGGCGUCUCC